AUGCCAGCUUCAGUAUGCCAUGCUGACUGUGGUCCUGGAUUCAGAAAAUUCUGGCAGCAAGGAAUGGCAGCCUGCUGUUUUGAUUGCAUCCCCUGCCCUGAAAAUGAAGUUUCUAAUGAGACAAAUGUGGAUCAAUGUAUGAAAUGUCCAGAGGACCAGUAUACCAACACAGAGCAGAACAAGUGCAUUCACAAAGCUGUGAUAUUUCUGAGCUAUGAAGAUCCCUUGGGGAUGGUUCUUGCCUUAACAGCCUUCUGUUUCUCCUCAUUCACAGCUGUGGUUCUUGGAGUCUUUGUAAAGCACCAUGACACUCCUAUCGUAAAAGCCAAUAAUAGAGUAUUAAGUUACCUAUUACUCAUUUCACUCAUGUUCUGUUUUUUGUGUUCCUUGCUCUUCAUUGGCCAUCCAAACAGAGUCACCUGCAACCUUCAGCAAAUCACAUUUGGAAUUGUAUUCACUGUGGCUGUUUCCACAGUUCUAGCCAAAACAAUCACUGUAAUGCUGGCUUUCAAAGUCACAGUUCCUGGAGAAAGGAUAAGGUACUUCCUGGUAUCUGGGGCAUCCAACUACAUUAUUCCCAUAUGUUCCUUAUUACAAUGUAUUCUGUGUGCAAUCUGGCUAGCAGUUUCUCCUCCCUUUGUUGAUAUUGAUGCACACUCUGAGUAUGACCAAAUCAUCAUUGUAUGCAACAAAGGCUCAGUUACUGCAUUCUACUGUGUCCUGGGAUACCUGGCCUGCCUGGCACUUGGAAGCUUCACUGUGGCUUUCUUGGCCAAGAAUCUGCCUGAUGCAUUCAAUGAAGCCAAGUACUUGACAUUCAGCAUGCUGGUGUUCUGCAGUGUCUGGAUCACCUUCCUUCCUGUCUAUCAUAGUACCAAGGGCAAGGCCAUGGUUGCUGUUGAGAUCUUCUCCAUAUUGGCAUCUAGUGCAGGGAUGCUUGGAUGCAUCUUUUUACCCAAGUUCUACAUAAUUUUGUUAAGACCAGAUAGAAAUUCAAUUCAAAGGGUCAGGGAGAAAUCAUAUUCCUAA